GAAAGCGGGGCCGUGAGGGGGGCGGAGCCGGGAGCCGGACCCGCAUUAGCGGCAGCAGCGGCGCCGCCUCCCCCGGAGCGCAGACCCAGGAAGCGGUCGGGAGGGGAGGGAGCGAACCAGGCCGGAGCCGAAGCCACCGCCGUCAUGGAGCUGAGAGUUGGAAACAGGUACCGGCUGGGCCGAAAGAUCGGCAGCGGCUCCUUUGGAGACAUCUAUCUCGGUACUGACAUUGCUGCAGGAGAAGAAGUUGCCAUCAAGCUCGAAUGUGUCAAAACCAAACACCCUCAGCUCCAUAUUGAGAGCAAAAUCUACAAAAUGAUGCAGGGAGGAGUGGGCAUUCCUACAAUUAAAUGGUGUGGGGCAGAAGGGGACUAUAAUGUCAUGGUGAUGGAGCUAUUGGGACCAAGCCUUGAAGAUCUCUUCAAUUUCUGCUCAAGAAAAUUCAGUCUGAAAACUGUCCUGCUACUUGCUGACCAGAUGAUUAGUCGGAUUGAAUACAUUCAUUCAAAGAACUUCAUCCACCGAGAUGUGAAGCCGGAUAAUUUUCUUAUGGGACUGGGAAAAAAGGGUAACCUGGUCUACAUCAUAGACUUUGGGUUGGCCAAGAAGUACCGGGAUGCUAGGACCCAUCAGCACAUACCCUAUCGUGAGAAUAAAAACCUCACGGGAACUGCUCGCUAUGCCUCCAUCAACACUCAUCUUGGAAUUGAACAAUCUCGAAGGGAUGACUUGGAGUCCCUGGGCUAUGUGCUGAUGUACUUCAAUUUGGGCUCCCUCCCUUGGCAGGGGCUGAAAGCUGCUACCAAGAGACAAAAAUAUGAAAGAAUUAGUGAAAAGAAAAUGUCCACUCCCAUUGAAGUGUUAUGUAAAGGCUACCCUUCUGAAUUUGCCACAUACCUGAAUUUCUGUCGUUCGUUGCGUUUUGAUGACAAACCUGACUAUUCCUACCUGAGACAGCUCUUCAGGAACCUGUUCCAUCGCCAGGGUUUUUCCUAUGACUAUGUGUUUGACUGGAACAUGCUCAAGUUUGGUGCCAGCCGAGCAGCUGAUGAUGCUGAAAGGGAACGCCGGGAUCGAGAGGAGCGAUUAAGACACUCCAGAAAUCCAACUACUCGGGGUCUCCCUUCCACUGCAUCAGGCCGCCUAAGGGGAACACAAGAUGUAGCUCCUCCCACUCCCCUCACCCCUACCUCACAUACUGCUAACACCUCUCCUCGGCCUGUCUCUGGAAUGGAAAGAGAGCGGAAAGUGAGUAUGAGACUGCAUCGUGGUGCCCCAGUCAAUAUCUCUUCGUCUGAUUUAACAGGCCGACAAGAUACCUCUCGCAUGUCAACCUCACAGGGAAAAAAAUCUGGAGAGAAAUGCUGAGAAUCUGAAGGUCAGCAGCAGUUGAAUUUGAUAAGGUGCUUUAAUAUUUGUAAGAUAAAAGAAAAUUCCUCAUUUGCGCACAUGAUAUGCCUACCUUGCUUCCCUAAGAGAUGAUUCAAAGCAAUGGAAAAUGAAUGAGGCGAGAACCCAGGAUUCUUUGCUUUAUAUAGGUCAGUGAAUUGAUUUUUUAUCAGUUUUUAUCUCACCUGGUAGUACAACCAUAGCUUGGCUCACAGCUAGCUUCCUACAUACUUCAUCUGGAGGCAGCUGUUUUGUGGGAGGAAGGGAGGGGAACCAUGGAAUUAGGCUGAAAAGACCAAAGUGUGACCCUACUUGAGUGAUUUAUUUCUGGAUUUCAGUUUCCUUCUAAAAUGGAAAGGUAAAAUUAAUAAUUCUAUAACCCAUUGAAGGCCCAGUCUUCCUUGGCAGGUUCAGAACAUUAUUAACUUAAAAAAAAAAAAGCUAUCCUGGAUCUGAUACCAUUUCCUUUUCUAAGGUAUCCAAAGAAUUUGACCUUGCCAUCUAGCAUCUGAUUUUGGUUCUGCUAGCUUUACUAAGCCUCAAAAACUCCUCUAUUGUGCCCACAUUUGCUUUGUCCUCAUUUGGAUCUGGUCAUGUAGUCAGUAACAUUGAAUCCUGAAAGUACAUCACCUGCAGUCAAGCUUGAGAAUUUCCCAGAAGUGCAUGCAUCAGCUCAUCAUUAAUCUAGCUAUUAAAGGGUCAAGUUAUUAAGUCAUUUUGCAACCCAGGAACUCACCAUUUUUCUGGCUAGGGAGAAGCCCUUACCCAUCUCUAAAUUCAAGGUUGUCACUUUGAAAUAAUAAAAGUGUGUGAGCUGUGGAAUAUCCUAUUACCUUAGAGAUAUAUCUUUUAUAGAAAGAGAUUGUAUGAGGGGUGCUAUAGGGUUAUUGGCCUGACAGUAAAAAUCCAAGUUCUACUUCUGCCUCUGCUUCUAACUACUACUAACUACUGUAAAUCUUGGGUAAGCCACCUAACAUCCCAGGAGCUCAGUUCCCUCAGGGGUUAAGUAAUGAUGUUGCACUAAAUUAAAGUCUCUUCAGCUUUACCAUUCUACUUUGUUAAUGGAUCUUAUUCAGUUAUCAAAUUCAACUGGUCAACAUCGUCUCAGUAAAAUCCUUCUAUAUAGUUGGGUUAGUAAUUUUAAAACAGAAAGAACCCAACGACCCCUUUAUCAAUAUGAAGCAGGCCACUUGAGGUGUUGUAGGAUCCAAUCCCUGUUGGUCUAGACAAAAGUCUAAUGCAAACCAAGGAGAAACCUAAAUGCUUCAAGGAAAGAAUCCUCUCACCUACAUGGCUUGUCUGCAAAGGCAGAGGCUGAACCAGCUUAUCUCUCCAGAUCCGUUUUCAGAUCUGUUAUUCCAUUAUUCUAAUUUUCUUUUUCAAAUGGUUGAGUUAGCCAAGCAAUCCCACUCACUUUACAGGUCUCUUUUUCCUGAGGAAUCCACAUUCCUUAUUCAAAGAAAUUAAAGGCAGAGUUUGGCAGUCAUUUCCCCUCUGUUUCAAGAGUGGAUAGGAAAAUUAAUUGAAAAAGAUUGGAUCCUACUACUUGAACUAGUAGCAGAGUAUUUUUAGGAAGGUAAUUUUCCUCUAAAUGUUUGACAAAAUCUACUUUGGAGCAUUCUGUUGUUACUGGUAUUACUGCUGUAACAGAAUCAACAUUCUGGAAAUAACCUUAGAAGCCAUAACCAUGCAAAUCUUUACACAACCUUUUUUUUUUUUUAAUAAAAUUGUGAAUUGUCAAUCCACCUGAAAACCUCCAGUGAAAGGAAGCCUACUACUUCCUAAGCAAUGCAUUCCACUUUUGGACAACACCAGUUGUUAGGAAGUUUUUCCUUAUUAUCAAACCAAAUUCUAACACUACAACUCAUCUCCAGGAACCCUAAUGUAGUCCUUCCCAGCCAGCUUGCCUGAGAUACACUCAACCAACUUACUGCUCUGUUCUAAAUUUAGUGCAUCAUGCCUACACCAGGAAACUGGAGGCCUUAAGUGUGAACACUCACAUUAGAAAUAAAAAGGUUCUGAUUUUAUUGAAAGAAUCUGAGGUCUGCUGUAAAGCUAAAGAACUUAGAAGCAUGAGAGACCCCUUCUAACUAUCUCUUUUCAUGAGGAGAAAUGGGAUUCUGAAAAAUAAAAUGCAAUUACAGUGACAGUACCAAAGCAACACUAUCUUGUUAUUGUAAAUUGUCCCAUUUCUAAGUCAGUUUGUGUUUUUCAACUUAAGUCUUUAUGAUGGCAUAAAUAUUUAUUCACCAGGUGUGCUGUAGUUUGCCAGAAAAGCAGGUGACAAAGUCACAGUAAGAUCCACAUGCCACUUUACAGUGCAUUUUACACAGAAGCCAGGGACAGGGAAGCAAAAGCUCCUUUGAUCCCAUCCCUUCACUCAUUCUCUUUCCUCAAACCCACCUACUUACUGUCCCGAUGCAAUAAAGUUGAAACAAAAUUUGGUCUUAGGAAAAGUUUGAGGCACACUUGGGUUUUUAGGUUUAGCUUCCUUUGCAUAGGACUCCAGCAGGGGCAAGGAAAAAACUCUUCCCAUAAUUCCCCAAUGACUAACUAAGAGAAAACAGUGGAUUGUCUUCCCACUGACCUUCCUUCCCUCCCACCCCAUCUAUAAAGGACAUUUCUAAGGAAGGAAAUAGUAAAACAUUUCUUACCAUGGAUUUUGGUUGUUUAGCAACCAACUCCUUGACCAGAGAAUUUUUUAAAGGUUUUCCCUAGCAAAAGAAUAAAUGUAAUAUGCCAGCAACCAUCUGUGAUGAAUGGAAAUCCAUUCAUAUAGCAUAUCUCCUGGCCCGAUUCCUGCUUGUAGUUUUUUUUUUCCCUACGUACCACACAGAGCUUUGUUUUAAAAAUAAUUAGGUCCCUUAUUCAGUACAUUUUCCUUUAUAGAUCACUGAAGAUCCACAAUGAUAGGGGAGAAUUUACAAGGGGAAAAAAAAGCACUUUUAGGUAUCCUAGUGCCUAGGGGCUAGAGAAAGCUAUGCUUAGGAAGUUUAUUUCCUGAAGAAACCACAAUCAGUCAAAUUCAUGGCCCCCUAACUUUGAGGAUUAGUUUAAGUAUAAAGGGUUUUUCUACUGUCUCGUGAUAGCUUGAAAAAUUAUUCCUAUGGAAUAAGAUUUAGAACAAGAAUAGGAGGAUGAACAAUUUUCUUAACACCUUUAUUCACAUUUCUGAAAUUUGGGCACUAUUCAGAUAUUUUUUGUAUCUAAUCAGUAUUAAGUUUAAUUUUAAAAGUGUAAUACUUUUACUAGGUUCCAGUUAAUUUUGUCCUUAUAUUUGCAUUCUUACUCAUUGGGGAAGGGGGAAGUACAGGGAGAGUAGUUACCAUUUUAUCUCCUACAUCUUUGGUGAUUGCCAACUCCUAAAUUUGAAACUGGUUUUAGGAACACAAGAAGAUUGGAAUCACUUUAGAGUGUAAGCCACAGGGAAGGGAAUUAAACACCAGACCCAGAGGACCAAGUCUGGGAACCAUCUGACCUAUGGAAGGAUCAGGCAUUCCUUAUCCCUGGUAGAGUUCAUCCACAAUAAGAGGUUCCACAGACCUUAGAGACUAAGCUCUUCACUUGCAAGAUCUGUUAGAAGAGCUGAGAACCACAGGCCUUUCUAGCCAAUCUUUGGCAUAUUAUCUGAGUAUGGUGCCUACCACUCACCUUCCCCAUUCCUACCCCCAGAAUAUUCAAGUAUCUUGAUCUCAGAAUUAUUUAACCUUUCCCCAAAAAAAACAGACUGCUAUAGGAAAACUGGAGAAAGUUGCUUUAAGUUUUCUGGUUCUUAGUAUGACCAAGUACAGCUGUUAAUUAUGGUGUUGCCAGAUUGACUGACUGACUCCCCUGGUCUCCUUUCCUCACUCCUUCUGACUCUGCUCUCUUCUGGAGAAUGAGAAUGGAGAAAGAGUAGGGACAGUCAUACCUUACACCAGUGUAAGUGGGUAUAGGAACUGGGGGGGAACUGGGCAAGAAGAGCUAUGGGGAAAGUCUACUUAGUUUUACAUGAUUACAGUUUAAAGUUGAGCUGAAAAGGAAGGGGAAAUUGGGUAUGGGUGAGGCAAGAAGAGAGGGUUAAGGAGCCUGAGCCAGACUCAACUACAGCCCUUGGGGAGAUUUGACAAAAACUCAAGUCAGGAUAGAACCAGAGAACUUUUGUUCAGAACUAACUAC